AUGCCCGGUUCGGAUUUCAUGCAAGGCCAUCCGAGGCUGAGUGAGGACGAUGGGCCCGAAUCUCCAGCGGGACGAGUCCCCGAAAGAGGAUUCGUCGACAGCUACAGGAGGGCAGUGAACACUGGACGAGGAACCAUCGCUGACACCAUUGCGAGCGCAAGAGCUUCCUUGAAGAAUCCCUCUAGACCUUUCACUCCAGCAGACCCUCUCCGACGUCUGAACUCUCAUACACUGCUGAACCCUGGCGACUCUGUCAUCCCUCUGCCAACCCCGCUCUUGUCAACUGGAAGGUACAGGACUCUCUUUGGUUUUGAAUUGGAACGACCUUUCACUGGUAUCGGCAAAGUACCCCUUCCUUCCACAAGGCAAGCUCUGGAUAGCUCGCUUGUUUCUUCGAGGACGGCAUCGGAUCAAUCUGUCAUUGAGACCAAAAAGACUCAAGAGAGUCGGUCCCAAUCGACUGAAGUUCUCACAAUCCUAGACGACACAAAUGUGCCGGGGGUGGAGCAGGAAGUGUUUUCAUCCACUCGUAGACCGAGAUCGUCCUCAGAGACAAGUGCAAGCUCUGCCUUGUGGCAAACUUUGCGAAGCAAACUGCGUCUUUUGGAAAAUCAAAAUCUGAGGUCGAACGCCUGCGAUGAGAUAUGCGAACUUCUUCCUAACAAGGAGGUAGUGAUGUCGCUUGAAACGGCUCAGCGGAGCGAAAUUGUAAAAAGUGUUGCAAAGCAUAUGGACUCGAGAGAUCCGAAUAUUCUUACAAAGUUAGCAAAAGUUGUUGUUAUUGUUACCAAGGGAGGCUCGAACCUUCUUUCUGCGUCAAAGCUGUUGUUCAGGCUCAGCAAGGCUCCUGACAACGAUCAAAUAUUCCGAGCGAAUGGAAUCUUCGAUACGAUUCUGCAAACUCUCGGCUCCUCAGGGAAGAUUGAAUCAGUUGUCGGUCAUAUUUCUCGUCUGAGUGAUCAGUGUGAAGCAGAGGUUGAGGCUUUGAUGUACCUUAUUGGGGUGUUGAAGAACUGUUCUAGCGAGAGCGAUGAGGUAGACACGAUGAUUGUUGGUUUCGCUGGGGGCCCUUCCUGUCGUGACCGCGUGGAUCAGAGCUUUCUCAAGGCUCGACAGGCAAAUCGGGCAGGUGGGAUGUUGCUGGAGAAGCAGGAGCCCAAUCUCACACCAUCGAACCAUCAGGCUGAAGCUGCAGGUCACGAGGAUCAACUUGCAAGCGAUGGCAUCGCGGGCAAGUCAAGGAGUCGAUCUCCUGCACGUGCUGACUGCAAGAUCAGAGAUGACUUCGUCGCUUUCGGAGCCCUGAGAGCCGUCGUUGAGAUCCUCGCAUUGUGGGAGAACGACGCUGAACUUCUCCUGAAUGCGUCUCGGGUCAUAAGCAAGUUGUCUCUGACCAAGUCUUGUCAAGAGGAGAUGGCGAGCAUCUCUGGCUUUCAUGAAUCGUUCAUGCGAGUCAUCUCCUGCAACCAGGACAAGACUCCUCUGCUCAUUCGCCUGACCUUCGUGCUGGGAAAUCUCACGUCCUCUGACGAGGAUCAUCGAAUCAAGAUCUUUCGAUGCAGGAACAGCCUCGACGUUCUCUUGGACAUUCUGUACACCCAUGGACAGCUUCUCCUUGCAGCUGCGGAGGAGCUGGAGACGAAGAUUGAGCAGAACCUUGGCGAGAACAACGAAGUCCCUGCGUCAGAUAUCAGCGAGCUUAGCAAGCAUGCGUCUCAGGACCUCCUUGUCAAGAUAGUUCGGUUGCUCGCUCAUCUUGCGAUCUCUCCGAGCAUCGGACCAGUCCUCGCCAAGAAGGAGAAGAUCGAGAUGCUCAUUCUUCUCGCCAGCACCAUCCACAUCGCCUACUGUGAGGAGCUGAUCCUCAACGUCGUGAGCGCCAUCACCAACCUCAGCUACUACUCCGAGCAGGACUCCGUCAUCUGGCAGACCCGCAUGGGCCUCAUCAAGAUCCUGUCUGAGAUGCUCUUCGUGGAGAACCAGGAGGCUGUGCUUGAGGCCACUAGGGCUUUCGGAAACCUGUCGAGGGAUCAGGACGCACGCACGGUCAUGCAUUCUUCCCGCAUCGACGAGGCUCUCGUUCUCCUCCUGGAUCACUCGGACCGUGACGUUCUCGCCGCGGCUGCUGGGGUAGUUGUGAACCUCGCAGGUGACCCUUCGUGCAUGGACAUUCAGAUGCAGAGCGAUGCGCUUGUGCUGCUCAUGGAGGCGCUGGGGAGGAGCGGACUAUCAGACUCUGAGUUGUGCUGCACCGUCUGCUACGCGCUGUACAACCUUGGGGCCACGAUGCAGUGGAGGUUGGACGGGCUGGUGGCGAUGAACCUUCAGGACGUGCUGGAAGAGCUGAUGAUGCAGGCGAGAAAGUCGCCCGAGGAGCUCGCGGCGUUGAUGGGCGUGAUGGAGCGACUCCUGAGUAGCAUCAAGAGGAACUGCGAGGAACAGAUCGAGAGGGUGCAGAGCGAGGGGAUGGAGAUUCUGGCGAGGAGGGAGAUGAAAGGGAAUGUCUGCUGGUACGCGCACCCCGUCCUGGCUCCCGCAACCUAG